CAAAUAUGGCAGCGCCCACGAAAACUUGCAAAUGAGAUUUUUUAUAACAUUUAUUUAAUUUUUGAGCAUUUUAGUCAAUUUUUGACAAAAAAUCUAGUUAGGCAUCAUGAGAACUGUGCUUAUGGUGGCAGAAAAGCCAUCUUUAGCCCAGUCACUAGCGAAAAUUCUGUCAAAUGGAAGUUGCAUAAGUAGAAAAGGUUCAAAUGGAGCUUGUUCAAUUCACGAAUACAGAGGAAAAUUCAACGGAGAAAACGUUACCUUCAAAAUGACGUCUGUGUGUGGUCAUGUCAUGGGUUGUGAUUUUGUUGGCAAAUAUAACAGCUGGGAUAAAGUUGACCCUGCAGAACUGUUUACUGCUCCAAUUCAGAAAAAAGAAGCUUCACCAAAUUUACACAUGCCAAACUUUUUAAGGAGAGAGGCACAAGGUGCAGAUUAUUUAGUAUUAUGGUUAGAUUGUGAUAAAGAAGGUGAGAAUAUUUGUUUUGAAGUCAUGGAAUGUACUAUAGGUGCUAUGAACAGAGUUCAAGGUCAGCAAGUAUAUCGAGCACGAUUCAGUGCUAUAACAGAUACAGAUAUAAAACGUGCCAUGCAGAAUCUGGUAUCCCCUAAUAAAAAUGAAGCCCAGUCUGUAGAUGCCAGACAAGAAUUAGAUUUAAGAAUUGGAUGUGCUUUUACUAGAUAUCAAACAAAAUUCUUUCAGGGUAAAUAUGGUGAUUUAGAUAGUACAUUAAUAUCAUAUGGUCCAUGUCAGACCCCAACUUUAGGUUUUUGUGUAGAAAGACAUGAUAAAAUACAAUCAUUUAAACCAGAACCAUUUUGGGUUAUAGAUGUACAGAUAACUCAUCCUGGUGGCAAGUCAUUAAAAUUAGAAUGGGAGAGAGUUCGAUUAUUUGAUAAAGAAAUAGCUCUCAUGUUUUUAAAUAUGAUCAAAGGUAGUGAAGAAGCCAGAGUCGUAACCACAACACAGAAAGAAAAAACAAAAGCACGACCAAUAGCUUUAAAUACAGUAGAAUUACUGCGAGUAGCUAGUUCGGGUUUAGGUAUUGGACCACAUCAUACUAUGCAGGUAGCAGAAAGGCUUUAUACACAAGGCUACAUAAGUUACCCUAGAACGGAAACUACACAAUAUCCUGAAAACUUUGAUCUAAAAGGAACCUUGCGUCAACAACAAUCUAGUCCAAACUGGGGAGAUUUAGUCACUAAAUUACUUAAUGAAGGCAUCCAAAAACCAAAGAAAGGGUCAGAUGCUGGUGAUCAUCCACCUAUUACACCAAUGAAGUUGGCCAGAGAAAGCGAUUUCGAUCAUGAUUCAUGGAGAAUAUAUGAUUAUAUUACCAGACAUUUUAUUGGAACCUUAUCACCAGAUUGCCGAUAUCUACAGACCACUGUACAUUUUGAGAUUGGUUUAGAGAAGUUUUCUACGAGUGGUAAUCGUCUGUUAGAUGCAGGCUAUACAGCCGUCAUGCCAUGGCAAGCGUUAAGUAGUGAUGAAGAAAUGCCACAAUUUACACGGGAACAAAUUAUACCAUUAGAUCAUGCUAAACUUGUAGAAAGACAAACAUCUCCCCCGGAUUAUUUAACAGAAGCAGAACUUAUUUCACUGAUGGAGAAGAAUGGAAUCGGUACUGAUGCUAGUAUACCUGUUCAUAUCAAUAAUAUCUGUGAGCGGAAUUACGUCAACAUCAUACCCGGUCGGAAACUAAAACCUACACCUCUUGGCAUCGUCUUGGUACAUGGCUAUCAGAAGAUUGAUUCUGAUUUAGUUCUGUGUACAAUGCGAUCAUCAAUAGAACAACAGUUAAAUCUUAUAGCGUUAGGUAAAGCAAACUUCUACGAUGUCAAGCAACACGCUAUCGACAUAUUUCAUAGAAAAUUUAAAUAUUUUGUUGAGAAUAUUCAGGGAAUGGACCAACUGUUUGAAGUAACAUUUUCGCCUCUAGCAGCCAUUGGUAAACCAUUGUCUCGAUGUGGUAAAUGUAGAAGAUUUAUGAAAUUUAUUCAAGCUAAACCAAGUCGUCUUCAUUGCCCCAACUGUGAUGAAACAUUCUCCCUUCCACAAAAUGGUAACAUUAAGUUAUAUAAAGAAUUAAAAUGUCCAUUAGAUGAAUUUGAAUUGGUGUUGUGGACAACUGGUACUAAGGGAAAGACGUAUCAACUGUGUCCUUACUGUUACAACAAUCCACCGUUUAAUGAUAUGAGGAAAGGAAUGGGAUGUAACGAGUGUACGCAUCCAACAUGUCCGCAUAGUUUCAGUAAAAAUGGUGUCUCAGAAUGUGUGGAGUGUGAUCGUGGCAUUCUAGUUAUAGACCAAUCUUCGGGUCCAAAAUGGAGGAUGGCUUGUAACAAGUGUAAUGUUGUUAUACAUUUUCUAGAACAUGCAACUAAAAUCAGUGUUAAUGAAGAGACAUGUGAUUGUGGCUCUAAUCUAGUCGAUGCUACUUUCCCCAAGGGGAAGUCAAAAUUACCAGAAGGUGCAGAAGAACAUACUGGCUGUGUUUUCUGUGAUCCAGCUCUCAAACCACUGAUGGAAAAACAUCACGCCAGUAACUUCUUCCAAAACAAAGCAUCUCGUGGAGGGGCUUCAAGGGGACGGGGAGGGGGGAGAGGUAGGGGAGGAAGAGGACGAGGUCGCGGUGGAAGAGGGAGGGGAAGAGGAAAACCAAAAGACAAAAUGUCUCAGUUGGCAGCCUAUUUUGUUUAGAAGGACAGUAUAUUUUUAUUUUAGGGCAUUAUGUCUUGGAAUCUCAUAAACAAUUUUAUUGGUGCCAAAAUUUGCAUUUUUCAAAAUUCAUGAAAGCUCAUCUAUCCAUGAAUGAUAUUCUUUUACAAGACAUAUGAAAAUACAAUUUAACAACCACAGGUAUAAAUAUACCAUAUUGUUAUUUCAUACAUUAAUAGAUCAGAUAAUAUUUUUGACAUAUCAAUUGUUAUAAGCCCUUGAUUAAAAAUAAGAAAAGUCAUCGGUACCAAAAAUUCACCCUACUCGACACUGAUUAUUUUGGCACUUUGGUUGUUGUUAAAAAAAACAAACAAAAGGAAAUAGUUUAUUUGAAAUUGUCCAGUUUUAUUUUUAUGCAAAGGGUUUUUAAUAUGGGGAUGCUAGAUUUGAUGUUCUGGAAUUCAAUUCUCUUAAUCCUAUGAAUAAUGGCAAUCAAGUGAAAAAAGUGAUUUCAGGGGUCAACUGAAUAAUAAAUAUUUCAACAAACCAA